UUGUCAACUUGUCAUUAAAAUCGAUAAAGAGACGAGAAAGAAAGGAGAGUUUUAUUACAAUUUGUAAUAAAUGUAGUUAAAAGUGAAAAUGCCCGAAACGAUUAUAGAAAGCGUCCUCACAAAAAAAUUAGACACAGGGCUUUUAAUUAAAUGGUUAAACAACGAAUCUAUUGAGGAAGCUCCGAAGGAUUGUAUUUUAUUAUGUUGUAGUAAGAGCGAAUUUGUUGCUCAUUUUUUAUCUUAUAUACGAAGUCAAACAGACAGUAUUUUACAAACAAAUAGCAAUGCAAUACAGCUGCUUCAACAGCAACCUACUCCAGAGAAGAUAUUGUCAAGGAGGAAGCAUCGAAGAUCUGUGAGCGAUCCAACAAGUGACACUGACCGCACAGCCGACAGUCUUAGUGUGAAAACAGACCACCAAAGUAGUCAAGGAUCUCCCAACAGAGAUCGCAAAAAGACAGGACGAAAAGUAAAAACAAAACUAUUUCCCGAUGAUAAAAUAAAAGAUCCUUCUGUUUCACCUGAUGAAUCUAGGAUAUGCAGUGGAGUUAAUAGAUUGGUAAUAUCGAGUACACCAGUCAAAAAUGGAUACAAAAAUGAAUAUCCAAAUAUUACAAGCCCUGUCACACCUAAUUAUCGUAGCUUCAAAGAUAACUAUGAGAGAUGUGACACACCCAGAAUAUCACACAGACAUUCUAGAUCUCAAGAAAAAAAUAUUAGCUUAGGUGAUUUUUUAGUCAAUGCACAGCCUAAAAGUGGGAAAAAGAAACGAGGGAAAAAUACAUCUGACGAUAAUGAUAUAGAUACAAAAGUCGAUCUAGACCUCAGCAAUUCGGAAAUGUUUCCAGAAAUAGGCGCUAGAAAGUCCAGUUCGUUGCGAUCUGAGAGAAGACGCAUCAAACCUACUAAUUUAGAUAAAAGUUCAAGUCAGAAAAGUUUCUCUUUGAACAAUUUUAAUGUUGAAAAUUUCCAAUCAAACUCUCCAUUAGCUUUGGAAGAGAAUUCAGCUUUUAAAUAUCAAAAAGUGCAGCCUAACGAAUCAUCAAAUAGUUUUGAAAUAGAGAGGAAUAUUUUAAAACAAGAACGACACAAGCUUAUGGAGAAGUUUAACAUUUUGAAUACAUCUACGUCACCAAAAAUUGUAACAGCACCACAAAUAAAAGUUACGCGUAAAGAAUCGAUGGAUGUGAAACAGAGGUACAUAACAGCUAAUGCAAAUAGUAUUGUACAUAAGGAAUGGAUAGAUAUUUUUGUCGAAAUAUAUGAUACGAUACUAAAAAAUAACCUAGUACUAAGUCUUAACACAGAAUUGUACUUUCUUGUAUCUAUUUUGCUGUCGAAACAAUUCAAAGAAGACAAUGCAACUUUAGAAUCUCAAUUAGACGGUAGUAAUGUUAGUGAAAAUCUUUUAAAAUCAAUACACAACAGUACAUAUUUCGCUGUUAAGUCGUUAUGGUGUCAACGAACUAUAUUAGAAGUUAUAUUAGAUAAGAACUCAUUGAAAAUAUUAGGUGAGAAUAAGAAAGUUAGAAGUUUUUAUCCGGAAUUGGCAAAGUUUCUUUUGAACUCGUACGGACUUAAGGUUGAAGCUGAGAUAAAUCAGGACAAGUCUAAAAUGACAACGGAAUGUCGGGCCUCCAAUGGUGUCAUUUGUUUCAAUUUUGAAACAGAUAAUGCCGAUAAUUUUCCGUCCCUACUAAGUUUUCAAAACUUUAAGAAGCAAAGAGACAUGUUUUAUGAAAUUCUGAGGUGGUAUCAAGAUACACAAACAACCGGGGGCUCCAGAACUACGUUUAAAGCUCGCAUAAAGACCCUGCUUGCGUCAGGGCCGACCGCCGCCAACCACGCCCACCUCGCCGCAUUAUUCACCGCACAUAUGAUAGCUGAGUGCUUACCGCCCACUUUACAGGAAUCAAAGAUGAGUAAGUUGCACAGACGGCUAACUUGCCCUAAUGCGCCUGAAACUCAUAGACUGCCGCUAUUCUCUGACAAGGAGAUUUUUUAUAAAGAUUUUAUAAUGUAUGCUGAGAACGAAAGCUUUCGUGUCCAUUUACGGGACGCGUUUUCUACGGAAAUAAUAGUUUUAGAUGCCUCUUCUAUAGCCACUGAGAGUUCCAAUGAAUCAGAAAUAUCAAAGGAGUUUUUACAGUUGUCUAAGAAGUUGUGCCUUUUGUCCAAGUUUCUUGGAUAUUUGACGUCUUUGCCUUAUUCUCAAGUACCUGCAGAUUUUACAACGAAGACAGGAGCUCUGAUUGUUGCAACCUCAAAGGAGGUUAAUUAUGCACCUCCUAAAGAAAAAGUUUUAGAGAAUAAUCUUGCUUUGAGGAAUUAUAGUCAACCGUCUAUAGAUUUAAGUGGAAUAAUAAUAAAUUCCGAUGAAAAUGGUCGCUUAUGCAUCACAGUUCCGUGGAUUGUACAUUACCUGUCGAUGCUCGACUAUACGACGCUGCGUAUAAAAUACUACCAAAACCUACUAAAGUUGCUAUUCAAUAUAUACGAAAUGAAAUUAAAAAUUCAUCCAAUAAGUUUGCUAAAAAAGAACACGGUUAUAUUUUUAAAAUCGAUUUUAGGAUGGUUAUUCGAUUUGCCACAUUUCCCUCAAGAAUUUUUUUAUGAAAGUAUAACUUGUAACGUCAGUGUUGCCAGUGAGAAUGCCAUAGAUUAUUACGAUUUGAUCGAUGAAUCGAUUUUAUUUGAGUUGUGUCCGAUUUUAAAGGAUGUGAAUGUUUUACUAUCGACUUGCAAAGUGUCACACGAUCAGAAAGAUAUGGGCAGUUUUAGACACAUAACGCCUGUCAGCUUGAGUUUAAACAUGGAAGACCGUAUGAGGAACAAAGAAAAGGAAUUACAGGCUCGUUUAGAAGAAGAAUUCCUGAAGACCCAGCCAUCAUCAAGCCGGCGUGUGUUGGAGCUGGUGAUGGAGCGCGUGACGUCAGGCGCGGUGAAGGAGGUCGCGGCGCAGCUGCUGGCGCAGCGCCGCGCCACCGCACGCGACAGCGCCUGCGCAUUAGUCAACAAUACUGAAGAUAGUGGAACUCUCCUCAAGUCGCUAGAGGCGUUAUACAACUCUGAGCUUCAGCAGCUGCGGGGCGAAGCCCUGUCUGUGGGCACGGCGUCAAUAAAGCGGCGCGCGGGCGCUGCGCUGGCGGCGUUAUUGCCCGCCGCGCCUUCGCCCCUCCUGUCUCUCGCAGUUAAAGGCUGUGUGAAUAGACUCAAUAAGUGGCUUAAUGAUAAUUGGAGUACUACAGCGAUUCUCUGCAAGGAUAUCCAGCAAGAGAUGAAAACAUUGCAAGUGAUAGGUGAGGCGGUGUCCGGCCCCGCGCCCGCGCCGCCAGACCUCGCGCACAUGAUGCUGCCUGACGACACGUUUGAACACACACACGUCAGCCCGGCAGUCGCAGUUAUCAACCUUAAAGAGCACACUUGCAUGCUGUUGGACUACGAUGAUGUGCCAGAUGCGACUGCAUUACUGGCAUCUUGCGCGCUGGCUUGCUCACCCACUAACAUAUUCAGUCGGCCGCCUACACAGCGCGCUCUGUUGCAGCUCAGUGUUGAUUACUGCAUCGUAUUUGUAAGUCGAAAACCUGAGCAAGUGGAUGAUGUUUUUCUCAACAAAUUACACGCUAUUUGGAACACAUGUUGUCCUGAUAGACCAAAACAAGCUCCACAAGAAAUACUGUUACCUGAGAGAAGAUCGGAGUUAUCGCCUCAGUUCAGGAACUUCGAGGACGAGGAGCGCGCGCCGACGCCGCUCAGCGAUGAUGACAAUGAACAGAAGAUAGAUGGCGCUAAUAUUAAUAUGGAGAAAAUUAUCGUUGUUGUGGAUGUUUCUAGUCCAGAAGUAAAGAAUGCAUCUUUAGAUCAAUCGAAGACUGACCGUCAGGAAGAGAACCCGCUUCUGAAGACAUUCGACCGCGUGCUGUGUCCCCGGAACAUAGUGCUGCUGAGCCAGUCGCGCUGCGCCGCGGCCGCGGUGUGGCAGGCGCUCGCCACAUUACUUGUAUUUCUAUUGAAAAAUGACUAUUUAAGUGAAGACUCCCUCACGGAACAGUGUCUAGCUGUAUAUAGACAGGAUUGGCCGCAGAAUAUUCUAGAAAACCUAUCUACUUGUAUGAAGUCGGUGUCGUCUCGUUGGUCGCGCGCCGCCACGGGCAAGUUCACGCUGUUCCUAGACUUCCUGGCGGAGUACUGCGGGGAUAUGGACUACGACCCUAUUGCCUAGGCUUUAAACACAAAGUUAAACUUAGGAAUAAACUGAGUAUAAGCAGAAUUUGUACUAAUUGCUUAUAAUCAGUUUAUUCCUAAGUUUAAUUUUAUACCGCGUUUAUUUGUAAGGCUGUAAAUCUAACCUUCAAACCGAUAAGUGCACGGGUUGUUAAAUCUUUAAGGGACUUUAUGUGAUAAGUAUGAAGAAAUCAAUGUUAAAUUUAUUAUUUAAUAACUCGAGCAUUUUAUAGCAACUUUUAAAUCAAUUGUUGGCAAUUUGAUAUCUCGGUGCAAUUAAAUGUAGUCGAUAGUAACAUAAUAAAAUGUAACACCUUAAAUAUGAAAAUUGGCUUGUAAUAUUAGGUCUUUUUGGACGGUCGGUAAAACAGUUUCAAUGUGAAAUAAAAGAUGUCAAUAUUUUCACCACAAGCCGAUAGAUGGCGUUUUAACUAAUUUUAUACAAGCAGAAAAAAAUGUUUUAUUGAGUUUGUUUUUG